UGCCGGGCGGAGAGGCCUGGCGCGAGUGCUGUGUAGCCAUGGGCCGCAGAAGAGCGCCCGAUGCCGGGACUCUCGGCCGGGCCCUUAUCCGCCAGAAGACUCAGCGGAGCCGUAACCACCGUCACGCCGAUUCCUGGUUGCACACAAGUGAGCUCAAUGAUGGCUACGAUUGGGGUCGUCUUAAUCUUCAGUCAGUAACUGAACAGAGUUCCCUCGAUGACUUCCUUGCAACUGCAGAACUUGCAGGGACAGAGUUCGUAGCUGAGAAGCUGAAUAUUAAGUUUGUGCAUCCAGAGGCUAGAACUGGACUGCUAUCUUUUGAGGAGAGCCAGAGAAUUAAGAAACUCCAUGAAAAAAACAAACAAUUCCUGAGUGUACCACGGAGACCAAAGUGGGACAAAAACACUAGUCCUGAAGAACUCAAACAGGCAGAGAAAGAUAACUUUCUAGACUGGAGACGUCAGCUUGUCCGGCUAGAAGAGGAACAAAAGUUACUAUUGACUCCAUUUGAAAGAAAUUUGGACUUUUGGCGCCAGCUGUGGAGGGUGAUUGAGAGAAGUGAUAUCGUGGUCCAAAUAGUAGAUGCUCGAAACCCACUCCUGUUUAGAUGUGAAGACUUGGAAUGUUACGUGAAAGAAAUAGAUGACAGUAAGGAAAAUGUCAUUCUGAUAAAUAAGGCAGACUUGCUGACUGCUGAGCAGCGGAGUGCCUGGGCCACAUACUUUGAAAAAGAAAAUGUGAAGAUUAUCUUCUGGUCGGCUUUGGCUGAAGCCAUUCAACUGAUUGGUGACUCUGAGGAACAUGUGAACGAGGGUGCUGGAGAAGCCAAUACAACCGAGUCUGAAAACUCCAGUUGUGAUGAGGCUGAAAAUCCUCACAGUGAGACCGAACAGCUCCUGGACGGAGGAUCCCCGCCACUUGGUGAAGUUGCCAGUAGCGAUGAAGACAACAGUGAGUACGAGGACUGUCAGGAGGAGGAGGAGGAAGUUUGGCAGACGUGUUCGGAAGAGGACAGCAACCCUGACGAAGAGCCCUGUGGCUGGGACAGGAAGGAAAGCUGUACUGUGGAUUCUGAGGCUCAGGGCAGGAACACCCUGGAGAAGAGGCACACACGCAAUUUCAGCCACCUGGUAUCAAGGCAGGAGUUAUUGGAGAUCUUUAAGCAGCUACACACCGGGAAGAAAGUGAAAGACGGACAGCUUACCAUUGGACUGGUGGGCUACCCGAAUGUUGGUAAGAGUUCCACAAUCAACACCAUCAUGGGCAACAAGAAAGUGUCUGUGUCUGCCACACCUGGUCACACCAAGCAUUUUCAGACUCUCUAUGUGGAACCUGGCCUCUGCUUAUGUGACUGCCCGGGCCUGGUGAUGCCAUCCUUCGUCUCUACCAAGGCAGAAAUGACUUGCAAUGGAAUCCUCCCUAUUGACCAAAUGAGAGACCACGUUCCCCCUGUGUCACUAGUUUGCCAGAAUAUUCCGAGAUAUGUUUUAGAAGCUACCUAUGGCAUUAAUAUCAUAAAGCCUAGAGAGGAUGAAGAUCCCCAUCGACCUCCGACAUCAGAAGAACUGUUGACAGCUUAUGGAUAUAUGCGAGGAUUCAUGACUGCGCACGGGCAGCCAGACCAGCCUCGGUCUGCUCGCUAUAUCCUGAAGGACUACGUCAGUGGUAAACUUCUGUACUGUCAUCCUCCUCCUGGAAGAGACCCUGUGACCUUUCAGCAUCAACACCAGCGACUCCUAGAGAACAAAACGAAUGGUGGUGAACUAAAAAUACAUCCAGGAGGAAAUAAAAAAGCAAAACAGAUUGAAAAUGUAGUUGACAAAAGUUUUUUCCAUCAAGAAAAUGUGAGAGCUUUGACCAAAGGAGUCCAGGCUGUGAUGGGCUACAAGCCAGGGAGUGGCCUGGUGACUACAGCUGCUGUGAGCUCUGAGGGCAGGGCUGGGAAGGCCUGGAAAAAACAUGGCAACAGAAAUAAAAAAGAGAAAACUCGUAGACUCUAUAAGCACCUGGAUACGUGAACUUGGGCUGCAGUGGAAAUGGCGUCUGCGUUGUGCACCUGGAGAAGAAACAGAAGCUGCUCUUGGCCGUGAUGCUGUGAAAUGGACCCUGCUUCUUGUGGCACGCAGCCACACCAGACAGCCAGUAUCAAGACGCAGGGGCUCCGUGGAGCACCGAGUCUAACACAGUCAUCUUGGAGCCCCAGAAACUUUGUCCUGUAGAAGGCUGAAUUUGAGAUGAGGGAAUGAAUGACUGAAUGUGUAAACAAAUACACAUGCAUACUAAUUUGUAAAUUGGGUUAAAAAAAAAAAAUACUAAAAUUAAAUGGUCACUAACAGACGUUUUAUUGGUUUAUGUAGAUACACUGCCAUUUGGACAUUUUGCAUUCUUUAAACAGUUGUAAUUUGCCAAAGCAUGACUGGGAUUUUAGAUGGAUUCUUUUGAGAACAUUAUAUAGGUUACUGAUUCUCAACCUCACAUGCAUACCCAGCAGUCCCCUGGUAUUGCAGAAGGCACAUCAGGUCUUGGAAUGAGGGGGCUAGCAGAUGUAGUUUUUAAAAGCCUCAGAGAGCCCAACCUUCUGUAGCUUUAAAAGCCUCAGAGAGCCCAGUCUUCUAUUGAAGAUCCCUGUCAACAUGAGCCACUACUAUAGAAGGUAGUGUGUGUUUUUCUAAAGCUCACCACAGGCAUGAGGAAAUGGGCAGAUAAUCAGCUAGUUUUUGUUUUAGGUAUAGAUGCCUGAUCUCCUUAGUACUUAGGGACCAUCAAGAGUGAGACAAGGACAGUUUACCUUUUAUAGUACCAUUCCUGUUUUAGCCUCUCACUUUACUUUUGUCUCCCUUUUUCUAUGAGCCUCAUUAUUCCCUUAACUCAGAUCCUUUCCUUGUGUUGUGUGAUAGACGUUUUUGGAAAUCUAACGGACAUUAUGGAUGCCUUCUCCAGAAAAAUGCACAUGCCCAUGAACAGUCUUGUGAAAUGUAUCAGAAGAUGACAGACCCGCGGUUCGUCCACAGCUUUGCAGUUAAGCCUUGCCCGAUGUGGCCAGAGUAUAUUUAAGAUAUAUUUGAAAAUGUGUUCCACCUGGGGAAUAAAAAAAUAUAUACUUGUUUAUUUAACAGAUAGCACCUUCUGUGUGGCAGGAAAGGCACUGGAAACCGGGGACAGCAGGAGUAGGGCCCUGAUGCAGGAAGUUAGCAAGAGCCAUCACAUGGCCUUAGAGCCCAUGAGGGGAUUCUGGAGGUUUGCUCAAAAGCGGUGGGUAAGCCAACGAAUAGUUUAUAAACAGGUAAGGAAUUAGUGUUCUAGUUCUUCAUUUGAAUAUCGGGUGAAAGGUUAUUCCAGAUCAAGCCUGAGGCAGAGCUAGAGAGGUUCCGCAGUUGUGUUCAUCCAUCUGCAACAAUAUACUUCUAGUUCUUCCCUUUGAUCUGAGGAAAGGGACAGUCUGAAAAGCCCAUGGAAGAAGAGGAACAUGCAUCAGCAUGUUAAAGCCUACUUUGUUCCAUUCACUGAAGAACAGGCACGGUUGUCUGGGAGAAACUUCCAUGCUGAAUGGACAGAGCAUGUACUGAUUUUGAAUAAGUUUUGCUUUAAUGAUAGUGUAAUAGCUAAAACAUGAGACUUCUUAGAAAAAGUAAUUACAUACGCUUCACGUUCCUGAUUACUUUUGUAACAGUUUUAUUGAGAUAUUCACAUACCAUGCAAGUUCACCAGUUUUAAAGGAUACAAUUCAGCGGUUCUUAGCAUAUUCAGAGUUAUAUAACCAUCACCACAACCAGUUCUACAUUACUGCCACAAAAAACCCAGGACCCUUUAGCCAGUGGCCCCCAAUCCUCCCAAUCCCCCCCCCCAGCCGUAAGCAAACCCUCAUCUACUUUAUAUAUGGUUUUGCCUAUUCUAUAUGUUCAUAAUAAAGGAAUCAUAAGCCAUGUGACCUUUCGUGACUGGCUUUCACUUA